GGCAGGAAGUAGGCGGUGGGAGCGCGGCCUCGGGGACGCGCCGGGCCUGGCGGAGGAGGGCGUCAGGCCGCGGGAGCCGCUCUCCCUUAAAGGCGCGCGCGUGGGAACGUGAGUGCAACACGGGGUCCGUCCAUCCGGGCUGGCUUGCGGCGACAUGGCGCAAAGGGCCUUCCCGAAUCCCUAUGCCGAUUAUAACAAAUCCCUGGCCGAAGGCUACUUUGAUUCUGCUGGGAGGCUGAUGCCCGAGUUCUCCCAACGCCUGACCAAUAAGAUUCGAGAACUACUUCAGCAAAUGGAGAGAGGCCUAAAGUCAGCAGACCCUCGCGAUGGCACUGCUUACACUGGCUGGGCAGGUAUCGCUGUGCUUUACUUACAUCUCUAUGAUGUUUUCGGGGACCCUGCCUACCUGCAGAUGGCACAUGGCUAUGUAAAGCAGAGUCUGAACUGUUUGACCAAGCGUUCCAUCACCUUCCUUUGUGGCGAUGCAGGCCCACUGGCAGUUGCCGCUGUGCUGUAUCACAAGAUGAACAAUGAGAAGCAGGCAGAAGAUUGCAUCGCAAGGCUAAUUCAUCUAAAUAAGAUUGAUCCCCACGCUCCAAGUGAAAUGCUGUAUGGACGAAUGGGCUACAUUUAUGCUCUUCUCUUUGUCAAUAAGAACUUUGGCGAGGAGAAGAUUCCUCGAAGCCACAUUCAGCAGAUUUGUGAGACAGUUUUAACCUCUGGAGAAAACCUAGCUAGGAAGAGAAACUUUACAGGAAAGACUCCACUUAUGUAUGAAUGGUACCAGGAAUAUUAUGUGGGGGCUGCCCAUGGCCUAGCAGGCAUUUAUUACUACCUGAUGCAGCCCAGCCUUCAAGUAAGCCAAGGGAAGUUGCACAAUUUGGUCAAACCCAGUGUGGACUACGUCUGCCAACUGAAAUUCCCUUCUGGUAAUUACCCUCCCUGUGUGGGUGAUAGUCGAGAUCUGCUUGUCCACUGGUGCCAUGGUGCCCCUGGGGUGAUCUACAUGCUCAUCCAGGCCUAUAAGGUAUUCAAAGAGGAGCAGUACCUUAUUGAUGCCUAUCAGUGCACGGAUGUGAUCUGGCAGUACGGGCUGUUGAAGAAAGGAUACGGGCUGUGCCACGGUGCCGCAGGCAACGCCUAUGCCUUCCUGACACUGUACAACCUCACACAGGACAUGAAGUGCCUGUACAGGGCUUGCAAGGAAUGGCUGGAACAAUUUAUUUCCUGGCUGAUCUGUUGGUCCCCACGAAAGCCAAAUUCCCUGCAUUUGAACUUUGAAAGGAAAGCAUGCCUCCUGCAACUUAAGCAUGAUCGUCUAGGCUGUGCAUUCAAACCUGGCUGUAUGCUUUUGUGCUUCUCAAGCAAACACAAAAUCAAAAGUGUUCUUGGUUGGUAUUUUCUUUCAAAACUUAUCUUUAGUUCAGUUUCUUAUUUUGGUAUUUGUAUUUAUUUAAAAGUAUCUGUGAGGAAAUCCUUUAACUUCUGUUUCCUGCUCAAGAAGGGAUGCGCUGUAUUUGGAGGUCAUACACAUUUAUUUCAUGGCUUGGAGAAAAUUAAGUUUAUAAUUGUAACCAUCUGUUACAGUUCCAAAAAUGUUCUUGAAAGAAACUGUUGAUAAACUAAGAUAAAUGUAGGACCAUUGUGGAAU